AUGACAAGCCAUGAAAACCCGUUAGUCUGGAUAGACUGCGAGAUGACGGGCCUGGACCCGGACCAGGAUGAAAUCAUCGAGAUAUUCUGCCUCAUCACCGACGGCCGCCUGAACCUGGCCCACGAGGCGGGCUGGGGCGCGGUAGUGCACCAGCCGAAGGAGCGCAUGGACCAGAUGGACGAGUGGUGCACCAGGGUCCACGGCGCGAGCGGGCUCACCGCUGCCGUGAUCGAGUCCAAGGUGACGGCCGAGACGGCGGCCGAGGACCUGCUGGCCUACAUCCAGAAGCACAUCCCGGAACCCCGGGUGGCGCUGCUCGCGGGGAACAGCGUUCACAUGGACCGCGCGUUCCUGGCCAAGGGGCCUUACAGGAAGGUCGUCGACCACCUGCACUACCGCAUCUUCGACGUGAGCACCCUCAAGGAGGCGGCACGGCGGUGGCGGCCCGAUAUCGUGGCCGGCGCCCCAGUCAAGGAGGAGCGGCAUGAGGCGCGGCAGGAUAUCCUGGAGAGUAUAAGGGAGGCCGAGUAUUACUAUCGGGAGAUAUACAUGGCCGUGGGGAAGUCGGGCGCGGACGAGGACCGCAAGUAA